GGGGGGGGGAGGGGAGUAAACAAGACUUCGUGGUUAUAAUAUUCAGCUGGAUUUUGUUCUGCUUCCAACUUCCCUAUUCUCUACGCUUUGCUUAACAUGCAGCCCCAUAACAUUUUCUGGAUGAGAACUCACUGAUUAUUUUGCAACCUUUUGGCUCUUAAAAAAGGUUUUUAAAAUUCAGUGGACAUAAAGAUCUUGAUUUCCGAUUAAAUUUGGCAGCCGUUAUUGCUGCGAUAGAAUUAGAAGAUGGCUGCAUGCAGCCGAGUCCUAGAUUGGAGCUGGUUUUGGCAAAAAUUGAUUGGAUUUUGGUAAUCGGUAGCAUUGCGCCAGAGACUCCUGAACAAGCUGAUUGGAUUCAGCUUUCAGGUUAUUGGAUAUUUAAUACAGUCAAAUAAAGAUCGCCUCAAGACAGACCAUGAAACAUUAGGAAACUAGCUGCUACUGUCUUUUUCCAGGAUGCUUAGUCUUGCCUGCAUGAUUAGAAUUUUCUGGUAAUCUUUCUUCCGAUUACUGACCAGGUCCAACCUUGCUUAACUUUCUGGGGUCAGCCAAGGUUGGCUAGGUGUUGCCAACUGACAAGCAAAACAAAUGAGUUCAACCUUAAGUCAGUUGAAGAACAUUUUUGUUCAUCCUUUGAUGUUGUAUGCAAAUCAGUGCAAGUUAAUGACUCAACAAUGGGGUUCCAAAAUACAUAAUUUCUUCAGUUAUAGCAAAUUAAUGUUGCCUUAAGACAUCACCAACUGCUCUCUUAGGUAAUGUACUAACUUCAGCAGUAUAUCACCAUGGUAACAAAGCAAACAUACUUCAGAAACCAGGAAAUAGAAUAUUGCAGUUGGAUACAGUUUAACCUACGUACUGAAACAUAAAAGUCAGGUAAUGGCUUUCUUCGGAUUAACUUUUCUAGGUCCUCAGGAUCCCUUUCGUGAUAAAAAACUAUCAAUACCAAAAUAUGAAAUGCCAGUGGGAACAAUCCCUCCCAAAUUGGAACUUUUCUACCCAAAGCUCCCACCCAUUGGACAAUUUGGAUAUGAUGACGGCACUGGAUACCAGGGCAGCCAUGAGAAAUAUCACGAGGCUAUCAGACAGAAGCGGCUCAAGAAAUACCCCAAUCAAGAAUACAGGGUAUCACUAACUUGUGGACAAGAUAUUGGUUGGUUGCAGCCCAAGAAUCCAUCAAUCAAGCUAGAAGAUACAUUACCUUGGAUAAAGGUGGCAAGGCAUCCACUGCUGCGGAGUCCCAUGACCAAGUUUGUAGACUACAUGGCAAUCACUGAUCCUCUCUUUAGCCUGUUCUGAGUGCAGGUUCCUGAAGCCUAAGAAGCAAGCAGGAGAGCCCCUUCACCGGGAGAAUAUGUGGAAUUAAUGAGUUCGUUCUCUCUCCUGUAAGAGGCCGAGACCUUUUUGUGGUGUUUCAAUAAAUCCAGAGCAGAACAAAAUUCAGCCUCAAUCUAGAAGGAGGGCUGUUUUUCAUGCAUUAGAAAAGCAUUUUUAUUUAUACAGUAGCAUGUUACUCAUUACAUCAGUGUUCCUUAUUUACUUAUUAUUUACCAAAUGUACGCCCCCAUUGCAGUCUGAUAAUUCUCAGUGGUUUAUAGUGCAUUCAGGGAAAUAACAAAUAUCCAUGGCAGGGUUAAAACAUCUUAACAAAAAAACAAAAUGGUAUAGGAAAAUAACAAUUGCA